CGUCGUGUGGUGCGGUUUAACGAAUCUGAUCAGACAAAAAAUAAACAUAAAAAACAAAGCAAAGAGCGCAAACCUGGCUCUCUUUCUCCAUCGCUCAAGCUCUCAGAGAGUGUUGUCUGUCGCGUCACCUAAACAUAUUGUGUUCUCACUCUCACCUCUCUGGAAACGCUGCUGCUGCUCAACACGUGGGCGAGAAAACAGAGAAAGAAUUAGAAAUUCUUUAAAAACGUGAUUAGUUUUUGUUCUUAUCGGCCAGAAAUAUGUCGCACAGCGUCUUGGUCAUUGGCAGCGGCGGGCGGGAGCAUGCUAUCUGCUGGAAAUUAUCGCAGUCGCCACUGGUGAAGCAGAUCUACGCUCUGCCUGGUAGCUUUGGCAUCCAGCAGGUGGAAAAGUGCCGUAAUUUGGAGGCCAAAGUCUUAGAUCCAAAGGAUUUUGAGGCCAUUGCCAAAUGGAGCAAGGAAAAUGAAAUCUCUCUGGUGGUCGUUGGACCCGAAGAUCCCUUGGCCUUGGGGCUGGGCGAUGUGCUGCAAAAGGAGGGCGUACUCUGCUUUGGGCCCGGCAAGCAGGGCGCUCAAAUCGAGGCAGACAAGAAGUGGGCCAAGGACUUUAUGCUGCGCCACGGCAUACCAACGGCGCGUUAUGAGAGCUUCACGGACACGAACAAGGCCAAGGCCUUUAUCAAGAGCGCACCCUAUCAGGCUCUGGUGGUGAAGGCCGCUGGCUUGGCUGCCGGCAAGGGUGUUGUGGUGGCCGCCAAUGUGGAGGAAGCCUGCCAGGCGGUGGAUGAGAUAUUGGGAGACUUGAAGUACGGACAAGCUGGUGCCACCCUCGUCGUAGAGGAGCUACUCGAGGGCGAGGAAAUAUCCGUUCUUGCCUUCACCGAUGGCCAGAGUGUGCGCGCCAUGCUGCCUGCCCAGGAUCACAAGCGCUUGGGCAAUGGAGACACUGGACCCAAUACCGGUGGCAUGGGCGCCUACUGCCCGUGUCCGUUGAUCAGUCAGCCCGCAUUGGAGCUGGUGCAGCGCGCCGUGCUGGAGCGAGCCGUUCAGGGUCUGAUCAAGGAGCGCAUCACCUAUCAGGGUGUGCUCUAUGCGGGACUCAUGCUGACACGCGAUGGUCCACGCGUGCUCGAGUUCAACUGUCGCUUUGGCGAUCCCGAAACGCAGGUCAUACUGCCGCUCCUCGAAACGGAUCUGUUUGAGGUGAUGCAGGCCUGCUGCAGUGGACAGCUGGAGCGGCUGCCUCUCCAAUGGCGCAGCGGUGUGAGCGCCGUGGGUGUGAUCCUCGCAAGUGCUGGCUAUCCAGAGACCUCCACAAAGGGUUGCCUCAUCACAGGCCUUCCUGAUGUCAACACGUCCACUCAGCUGGUUUUCCACAGCGGUUUGUCGGUUAACAAACAAAAGGAGGCACUCACCAAUGGCGGACGUGUGCUCAUUGCCAUUGCGUUGGAUGCCAGCCUCAAGGAGGCGGCUGCCAAGGCCACAAAACUCGCUGGAACAAUCACUUUUGCCGGCACUGGUGCCCAAUAUCGCACGGACAUUGCACAGAAAGCAUUUAAAAUUGCCACUGCCACGGCGCCUGGCCUCAGCUACAAAGACAGCGGCGUGGACAUUGACGCCGGCGAUGCGCUGGUGCAACGCAUUAAGCCUCUGUCGCGUGGCACCCAGCGGCCUGGUGUGCUCGGCGGCUUGGGUGGCUUUGGUGGUUUGUUCCGCUUGAAGGACCUCAGCUACAAGGAGCCCGUGAUUGCCGAGGCCACGCAGGGUGUGGGCGCCAAGAUCCAGUUGGCGCUGCAGAACGAAUUGUAUGAGAACAUUGGCUACGAUCUGUUUGCCAUGGCUGCCAAUGAUCUGCUGGAGCUGGGCGCCGAACCGGUGGCAUUUCUGGACUACAUAGCCUGCGGCAAGCUGCAUGUGCCGCUGGCCGCUCAGCUGGUCAAGGGCAUGGCCGAUGGCUGUCGUGAUGCCAAGUGUGCCUUGGUGGGUGGCGAGACAGCGGAGAUGCCCUCGCUCUAUGCACCCGGACAGCAUGACAUGGCUGGCUACUGUGUGGGCGUCGUGGAGAUGUCCCGCGUUCUGCCACGCUUUGAUCUGUAUGAAGAAGAGGAUCUGCUUGUGGGUCUGCCCUCCUCGGGCCUGCACUGUGCUGGCUUCAACGAGCUGCUCACCCAGUUGGCCGCCUCGAAGGUGAAUCUCAAGGAGUGCUCGCCGGUUGGUGGGAGCAAGCAUGGCCUUAGCCUGGCCCAGGUCUUGGGCACGCCCACACGCCUGUACGUGCAGCAGCUGCUGCCUCAUUUGCAGGCUGGCAAUCAGAUCAAAGCUGUGGCUCAUGUCACGCAUGGCCUGCUGCACGAUGUGCAGCGACUGCUGCCCGAGGGCUUCGAGGUCACACUGGACUUUGGGGCUGUGCCCGUGCCGGAGGUCUUUGGCUGGCUGGCGGGCCAGCUGCAGCUGAGUGCCCAGACCUUGCUGGAGCGGCACAACUGCGGCAUUGGCAUGGUGCUGGUCCUGCCGCAGAGUAGCCUGCUGUGGCGCACAUCGCUGCCGGGUGCCAAGGUGCUCGGCGUGUUGAAUCGCCAAGCGAAAUCCGCCGGCGAUGCGCCCCGCGUUAAAGUGCGCAACUUUGCGGAGCAGCUGCAGAAAUUGGCCGCACCCUUUGGUGGAUUGGGUGAAGCCCAGCUGCCGCAGGAAGUCAGGCAACUGCCCGCAGCGGAGGUGAAGCUUACGCCACGCGAGGAAUGCUUUGAGAAUGCCGUGGGACGUCGCCUGACCCGCGUGCCGAGUCAUUACCACGAUCCCAUACUCAUUUUGGGCACCGAUGGCGUUGGCACAAAGCUGAAGAUCGCGCAGCAAACGAACCGAAAUGCCAGCGUGGGCAUCGAUCUGGUGGCCAUGUGCGUCAACGAUAUACUCUGCAAUGGCGCCGAACCCUUUAGCUUCUCCAGCUACUAUGCCUGCGGCAAGUGGCAGGCGGAUUUGGCUGCGGCAGUCAACGCUGGCGUGCAGGAGGGUGCCAGUCAGGCCAAUAGCAGUUUUGUGUCCUCACACAGCGCUGCCUUGCCACUGCUGUACGAGCCGCAGGUCUAUGAUUUGGCUGGCUUUGCUUUGGGCAUAGCCGAACGCUCGGGCAUACUGCCGCGACUGGAGGAGAUUCAACCCGGAGAUGUGCUCAUUGGCCUGCCCUCGUCGGGUGUGCACAGCAAUGGCUUCAGCCUCGUUCAUGCGGUGCUCAGGCGUGCUGGCUUGAGCCUCAACGAUCGUGCGCCAUUCAGCGAGAAGACGCUGGGCGAGGAGCUGCUGGUGCCCACCAAGAUCUAUGUGAAGGCAUUGUCCUCGCUGCUUUCCCGACCCAACCACGGGGUGAAAGCGCUCGCACACAUCACUGGCGGUGGCCUGAGCGAGAAUAUACCCCGCGUGCUGCGCAAGGAAUUGGCCGUGCGGUUGGAUGCCAACAAGUACCCGCUGCCCCCGGUGUUUGCCUGGCUGGCUGCAGCUGGCAACAUCAGUUCCACGGAGCUGCAGCGCACCUACAACUGCGGACUGGGUCUGGUCUUGGUGGUGGGCGCAACGGAAGUGGAUGGUGUGCUGCGAGAACUCCGCUAUCCACAGCGCGCGACUGUUGUGGGCGAGGUGGUGGCCCGAAAGGAUCCGAAGAAGCCGCAGGUGGUGGUGCAGAACUUUGAGGCGUCGCUGGCGAGAACCCAGAGGAUUCUAGCUCAGCCACGACGACGUGUGGCCGUGCUCAUCUCGGGAACAGGCAGCAAUCUUCAAGCCCUUAUCGAUGCCACGCGUGACUCGGCCCAGGGCGUGCACGCGGAAAUUGUGCUCGUGAUCAGCAACAAGGCGGGUGUCUUGGGUCUGGAGCGGGCCGCCACGGCGGGCAUACCCUCGAUGGUCAUCUCGCACACGGACUUCCCCAGUCGCGAGGUCUACGAUACGGAAUUAACGCGCCAUCUGAAGGCCGCUCGCGUGGAGUUGAUCUGCCUGGCGGGCUUCAUGCGCAUUCUCAGUGUUCCCUUUGUGCGCGAGUGGCGUGGCCGCCUGAUCAACAUUCAUCCCUCGCUGCUGCCCAAGUACCCAGGUCUGCAUGUCCAGCGGCAGGCCCUGGAGGCAGGCGAAACAGAGUCCGGCUGCACGGUACACUUUGUGGACGAGGGCGUCGACACGGGCGCCAUACUCGUGCAGGCAGCUGUGCCCAUUCUGCCCGGGGAUGAUGAGGAGACGCUCACCCAGCGCAUUCACCACGCCGAGCAUUGGGCUUUUCCACGAGCAUUGGCGCUGUUGGCCAGCGGUGCUCUGCGUCGGGUGUCUGAGGUGAGGAAGGAAGCGCCCAAGGAGGGCCAAUGAAGACAUUUAACCAUUUAGUUUGAUAAGUUUUGAUGCCCUGCAAGGGAUUAUUAUUAUUAGAUCACAUAACAAAAUUAUUCCAA